GUUAGAAUCGAGAGUACGCAACUUCUGGGCAGUACGUGAAAGUCAUAAAGAUUAGUUCUGCUUGUGUCAUCUGCUAGUUAGUUGUUAGAUAUUAGUAUGAGCUGCCGUAAUAUAAUUUUGUUAAAUUUACGUUGAUUGUGGUGCAGAUAUGAUAAAAAUAUCACUCUCGAAAAUACGAGAAAGUUGACAGUAGUACGAUGAAUAACGUCGAAUGCACUGUAUAAUAAAGUCUCAAAAUUCGUUUGUUAUAUUCAAAAAAGUGUGAUAAUAAUUUAAAAUAGUAUUAGAUCUUUAUAUAUGCGUGUAUUUUUAAAUAAAUUUUCAUAAACCAAUACACGAGAUAUGACUUGUUGGUUUUGGUUUAUUUUUGUGGUAGUUACUAUUCUUUUUCGCAUCGAUGCUAAACCUACUCCGACACGACCACCGAAAUUGCUAGUUGUAUCCUACGAUGCAUUCAGAUACGAUUAUUUUGAUCGUAAGGUGACGCCGUUCAUGAAUGAGCUGCGAAUGAAGGGUAUUUUCGCAGAUCACAUGAGAAAUGUUUUCGUUACCAAAACGUUUCCGAAUCAUCACACCAUCUCAACCGGGAUGUACGUGGAAAAUCACGGAGUAAUAGAUAGCGAGUAUUUGGACGUAAAAUCUAACAAAACAGUCAAAUAUUCUUACGAUUUGUACCAUUACAAUAAUGACAUACUUCCUAUAUGGACUUUGAACGAAUUGAACGGUGGCGAACGUCGCAGUGGCGUUAUGAUGUGGCCCGGAAGUGCUUUUGAAUACCACAAGAAAAAUGCGACCUUCCGCGUGCCAUUCAACACGACCGUGCCAUGGAAAAGCCGAGUCGACGAGGUGAUAUCUUGGUUCAAACACGCCGCUGAACCGAUCAAUUUUGGCAUGAUGUACAUCGAGGAGCCGGACUUUCAUGGCCACGGAAUCGGCAUCAAUGGGGCGCGCUUCGACGAGGUACUCCUCAAAUUGGACGAGAUCACGUAUUAUCUGCACGAGAAGCUGAGGGAGAACAACAUGACCGACGUCAAUGUCAUUCACCUGAGCGAUCACGGAAUGGCGACCGUCACGAUUGACAGAAUCGUUAAUUUGACCAACUACAUCGAUCCGAAAGAUUACACUACUUCCGGAUUGUCGCCGGUUAUUCACAUUUACCCGCGGCCUGGUAUGAAUGAAAUUUACAAGAACCUGCAAAAAGCGUCGCACGAUACGAAUAAAUUUGACGUCUAUCUCAAAGAGAAUAUUCCCGAGCACUUCCACUUCAAGAACAAUACGAGAAUCGGACCCAUUUUGGCCGUCGCGAGAGUCGGAAAUUCCUUCGAGACGCUCUACGACAGCUUCUCUUGGUACGAGAAAGAAUUCAACAUCACGAUCAACGAAAAGUCCGAAUUUGGAGUUCACGGCUACGACAACACUCAAAAAGAGAUGUGGCCCUUCUUCUUCGGCGUCGGUCCGGCUUUUUUGCCGCAAUGCGAGGUGCCGGCUUUCGACAACGUCGAUCUGCUGCCGCUAUUUUGCGAAAUUUUGGAAAUCGAAUGCCUCGAGGUGAAUGGCCAACUCGACAUAGGAGGUAUCAUUGUAUCGAUAUUGGGCAUCCUUGCCUUGUUUUUGGUGUACUUAAAGAGAAAACGCGCCGAAAGACAUAAUGCCAAGUAUCGGGUAUCUGACAAACGAGCUUCUUAA